ACGAGUGGUCUGAGUCAAAGAGCGACCGGAGAAGACUUCAAAGCUUAGUUUCUCCUAAUAUUCGUUGGCAUUUCCAAAAUCAAGAAUCGGCUGGCGGUAUGUUUGCCAAGAAACUGCUACACAAGGCUACCAAGCAUCAUCAUCAUCUUCAGCAGCAGCAGCAGCAGCAGCAGAAUCUAAAAGGCUGCCUCACACCAGACGAUUUGGACUUUCGUAUAGCAGUCCAUUACGGUAUCCCAUCCACCGCAUCGAUUCUUGCCUUUGAUCCUAUUCAGCGUGUAUUAGCCAUUGGAACAUUAGAUGGCAGGAUAAAAGUGAUUGGUGGUGAUAAUAUUGAAGGCCUCCUCAUUUCUCCAAAGCAAAUACCUUUCAAGUAUUUGGAGUUUCUAUCCAACAAAGGUUUCCUAGUCAGCAUCUCCAAUGACAAUGACAUACAGGUGUGGAAUUUGGAAAACAGGUCUAUUGCUUCCAGUAUGCAAUGGAGCUCCACCAUUACAAGUUUCUCUGUGAUAUAUGGCUCUUUCUUCAUGUAUGUUGGAGAUGAUAAUGGUUUGAUGUCUGUUUUAAAGCAUGAAGAGGACGGAGAACUUUUAUUACUGCCGUAUCAUCUUUCAGCCAAAUCUCUUACUGAAGCAGCUGAGUCAUCGUUUCCAGAUCGCCAGACUGUCGUUGGAGUUCUGCAUCAACCUUGUUCUUCUGGGAAUAGAGUUUUGAUUGCAUAUGAGAGUGGCUUAAUUAUAUUAUGGGAUAUUUUUGAAGCUCAAGUGGUCGUAGUUCGAGGUGAUAAGGUUCUUGAACUGAAGGAUGGAGUUGUUGACUGUUCUGGUCAACCCGAACAUGAUUUGGAGGAAAAAGAAAUAACUGCUCUUUGUUGGGCAUCUUCUAACGGGACGGUUGUUGCCGUUGGAUACAUAGAUGGAGAUAUUAUGUUUUGGAAAACGUCAACUACGGGAUCUAGUAAAAAACAAAAAACUGCGUCAUCAAACAAUAAUGUUGUAAGGUUACAGCUGUCAUCUGCCAAAAGGAAACUUCCUGUCAUUGUAUUGCACUGGUCAGCAAACACUAAAUCCCAAAAUGACGGUGAUGGCCAACUGUUUGUAUACGGAGGUGAUGAAAUCGGGUCCGAGGAAGUAUUAACGGUUUUGAGUCUUGAAUGGAGCCCUGGGAUGGAAACCCUAAGAUGUGUGGGUCGUGCAGAGAUCACUCUUAUCGGCUCGUUUGCCGAUAUGAGUUUAUUACCAAGUGCAAUAAACAAUCACGGUGCUGAUUUACUAGUCCUCACAAGCCCGGGACAUCUGCAAAUAGUCAAUCAUAAGAAUUUAUCUGCCUUAACAACCGAACAUGAAAAAAGAAUUACUUUAUCUUCUCUAGAUUGUCCCGUAGUCGUACCGACAUUCAAUCCGGUCCUAAGUGCCGCUAAACUCAUCUCAUUAGUUGGUAGUGAAAAAACUUCAAAGUUCCUUUUGGAGAUAGCCACGAACGUGAAGGUUAACGCAACACAAAAAUUGGCGGAGGGGAGUUGGCCCAUAUCGGGAGGUAUAGUACAUCAAUUUACCUCUCCUGACGGUUACGUGAUAGAGAGAAUUUACGUAGCUGGUUACAUGGAUGGAUCUGUUCGAAUCUGGGAUGCGACCUCACCAGUCUUGUCGGUUCUUUGCGUUAUAGGAGCGAUGAAAGAUGUUGAAGUGAGUGGUUCAACUUCUCCAGUUUCAGAACUGAACUUAUGUUCUUCGACUUCACAAUUAGCAGUUGGGAGUCAACUUGGUUUGAUCCGUGUAUAUAAUCUCAAUUCCAGUCCAAACGAGACGGACCUUCACAUUGUAACCGGAAUUAAACAAGAAGUUCACAAACAACCUCAAGGUGGCGGCCCCGCUUGUAUCGCUUCUUUCCACCUUCUUGAUUCCCCUGUUCAAGCUCUUCAGUAUAUAGACCAUGGAGCUAAACUAGCCGCUGCACAUGAAUGUGGUCGUGUUGCAGUGCUUGAUAUGAACUCAUUCUCCGUUUCAUUCCUAACUGAAUCUCUACCUAACCUUAGCAGUCCGGUGAUUUCGAUGGCCUGGAAAUCAUUUUUGUACAAUGGCGGUCGUGUUAAAAGCCCCAAAGAUGCGGGCCCAAAGAGUGUCGACAAAAAUCUGGAGAAAUUGAUGUUUGUAUCUACCAAAGAUGCAAAGUUAUAUGUGUUUGAUGGUAAUAAUCGCAUGAUCAACUCUAAACCAACGCAAUUGAAGAAAGAUACCACUGCUAUAUCCAUGCAUAUUAUAGAGGAAAGUACUUCCUCGGUGGAACAAAAGGAGUCAACAGAGUUGACCAAGGAUGUUGUAGCUGGAAACGAACCUACAAGUGAAACAGACCAACAUAAGACCGAACAUAUCAGUUCAGGACAUAAUGCAAUGGAUUCACUCAUUUUACUUUGUUGCAACGAUGCUCUGUGCUUAUAUCGUUUAAAAUCUGUGGUUCAGGGGAAUGAAAAACCGUUGCUUAAAGUAAAACUAGAGAAACAUUGUUGUUGGACUUCAACUUUUAGGAAAGAUGAAAAAUCGUGUGGAUUAGUAUUACUAUAUCAAACUGGAGAAUUGGAAAUCAGAUCGUUGCCAGACUUAGAACUGGUGAAAGUAACCUCGUUAAUGUCAAUAAUAAGGUGGAGUUACAAGGCAAAUAUGCAGAGGACUAUGUGUGCAGCGGAGAAUGGGCAGAUUGCCAUGAUAAACGGGUCUGAAGUGGCACUGCUCUCUUUACUGAAAAGUGACGAUGAUCUCAGGGUUACGGAAUCUUUUCCGUCACUUCAUGAUAAAGUUCUUGCGGCUGCAGUAGAAGCUGUGAUUAGCAGUUCUCAUAAUCAAAAGAAAAAACAGGGUAUCCCCAGAGCGCUUGUGAAUAUUCUUAAAGGAUUUAAAGGAGGAAAACCUAAUAACAACAUCAACGUUUCUGAAGAUUUUAAAUAUGGUUUUAGCAAUCUGGAUGGAAUCUUUUCAAAGAAUCCGUUUCCCGAUCCACUUGAAAGUAAUAUUAAUAAUCAGGAAGACGUAGAACUUGAUAUAGACGACAUUGAAAUCGAUGAACCUGUAUCUAUAUCCAUUCCUACUUCAUCAAAUACAAAACAAAAGGAGGAAACCGGAAAGAGAAGUGACAGGGAAAUGUUACUUGAUGGUGAUAAUGAUGAGCCCAGAGUCAGGACACGUGAGGAGAUUAUCGCCAAGUAUAGAAAGAAUGCAGGGGAUGCUUCUUCGGUAGCUGCCCAAGCAAGAAACAAGCUUUUAGAGCGCCAAGAAAAGCUUGAGAGAAUUAGCAAAAGGACCCAAGAUCUAAACAACGAAGCGGAAGACUUUGCAUCCUUAGCAAACGAGCUUGUAAAGGCAAUGGAACGGAGAAAAUGGUGGCAGAUAUGAUUCAUUGUUUGCAGGUUGCAACCACAUUUCCUCUUUUUCACUGUAUUUUCUCUAAAGCUUAUGUGAGAAGUUUCUUGCGAAUAUGAAAAACGAUACACAAUACGGUGUUUUCUCGCACAUUCCAUCAUUUCUGGACUGGUUUUUUGAAGCUUGUUUCAAGUAUAUAUGUACUAUACAAAGUUAACAUAAUAUAAUUGUGUUUUUUUAUGGA